AUGUUUGAGGGUGCUCGUUUAAAAUUGAAAAAUGAUGGAUGUUGCAACAAUAGAGCUGAAGUCAUUUCAAAAAAAAAACAUUUUUUAAAAUAUAUCAAUCAACUAUCUAAAGAAAGUUUAGAGAUAUCUGCUCAUGCUUUGUUUUUGGUUUUCGAAUAUAUAGGGAAUAGACUUGUGAUCGAAUGUUCUGACAAUAGAAGAAAUAAUACAAUUUUAUAA